GCCGAGGUUUGCUGAAGGGGGUUCUGUUCUUUUCCUUUCCGUUCCUUCCGAUUUUCUUUCCUUUUCUUCUCUGGGAGCCCCGUCUGUCUUCGCCGCCGCCAUGCCGGCUAGAGUCGAAGUCGGCUUCGCAAACGACUCGUCACGGCUUUGAAGGCAACAGAGGAGGACGCGCAUUCUGCAUGUCUGAGCAAUUUUGAAAAGACUUGCAUCCAUGGAAGGGGUUCAAGACUUAACAGAACAGCCUAUGAAAAAAGCCAAGAUGCAGGAAUCGGGCGAACAGCUGUUAAGCCAAGUGAACAGCACCGACAGUAGUGAUCAGAAACCCGAAUCCUCAAGCCUUGGUUCAAACUUGACCAUGUCAAAUGAAAUUAUGCCAUGCACUGACUACAUCUCAAGGUCAUCGAAUGAAUAUACCUCACAGAUGUAUUCUGCAAAGCCCUAUGCACAUGUUCUUUCUGUACCCGUAUCUGAAACGAUGGCCUCUUAUUCUGGCCAGACUCAGUACCAAGCACUACAGCAGUCACAGACUUAUGCUGUUUAUCCUCAGACAACCCAAGCCUAUGGACUACCUCCUUUCGGUGCACUGUGGCCAGGUAUGAAACCUGAGAGUGGUUUAAUUCAGACUCCAUCUCCAAGUCAGCACAGUGUUCUUACCUGCACUACAGGGUUAACCACAAGCCAAUCGAGCCCAGCACAUUAUUCUUAUCCUAUUCAAGCUUCAAGUACCAAUGCCAACUCCAUUUCCACCUCCUCAGCUGCUGUCAAUAUUUCAUCCUCAGCAGUAGCCAGCAUCUCUCAGCAGGAGUAUCCUACAUACACAAUCCUUGGCCAAAGUCAAUACCAGCCAUAUUAUCCAAGUUCAAGCUUUGGAGUUAUAGCACCAGCAGACAGCAGCACAGAGACCACCACGUUAGCAACUACCACAUAUCCUUCUGAAAAACCAAAUGCCAUGGUGCCUACUCAGACGGAGCAGAGACAUUCCUCUGGUGACCCAUCCGCAAACCUGCCGUUACCGAGAGCGGCAGCAAGUAAAGACGUAGACGAGCAGACCCGGAAAAAUGUGACUGGGAAAAACAGAGGCAAGAGGAAAGCAGACUCUUCUUCACCGCAGGACAAUGAACUUGAACGAGUGUUCCUGUGGGACUUGGAUGAGACCAUCAUAAUAUUUCAUUCUCUUCUCACGGGAUCGUAUGCCCAGAAAUAUGGGAAGGAUCCGACUCUAGUGAUUGGCUCUGGAUUGACUAUGGAAGAAAUGAUUUUUGAAGUGGCCGAUACACAUUUAUUUUUCAACGACUUAGAGGAGUGUGACCAAGUUCAUGUGGAAGAUGUUGCGUCGGAUGACAAUGGGCAGGAUUUAAGCAACUACAAUUUUUCCACGGACGGUUUCAGUGGCUCAGGAAACAAUGCCAAUCAUGCUUCAGCAGGUGUCCAGGGAGGAGUGGACUGGAUGAGGAAGCUGGCUUUCCGCUACCGGAAGGUGCGCGAGGUCUACGAGAAAUACAAAAGCAACGUAGUAGCCCUCCUCAGCCCAGAGAAGAAGGAAGCUUUACAGAGAUUAAGGGAAGACAUAGAAAUGUUAACAGAUUCUUGGUUGGGAACGGCACUCAAAUCCCUGCUGCUCAUUCAGUCCAGAAAGAAUUGCGUGAAUGUUCUGAUAACGACCACUCAGCUUGUGCCGGCUCUGGCCAAGGUUCUGCUGUACGGACUAGGUGAAGUGUUCCCAAUCGAAAAUAUUUAUAGUGCGACAAAAAUAGGCAAAGAGAGCUGCUUUGAAAGGAUUGUCUCUCGGUUUGGGAAGAAGGUGACGUACGUGGUGAUUGGAGAUGGGCGUGAUGAAGAGAUGGCAGCCAAGCAGCACAACAUGCCCUUUUGGAGAAUCACGAAUCACGCUGAUCUGGUGUCUCUCCACCAGGCUCUCGAACUAGACUUUCUGUGAGUUGCUGAGCAAAAGGCCGUUCCGCCGGGCUGCCACCGGGGCCCCCUGCCGGCUUAAGCAGGAGCCUGCUCGAGGACUUCCUUUUCCAUCCAGACAAAGAAAUGUAGCUAACGAAAGUGUACAGUAGGAGGCGCCAGACCCUCGCUUUUCCCUGGGAGAGCUGCUGAAAGCCUGCUGGGCACGUCGGGCGCUGUGUUUUGUCCUCUGUGUUUUGGCGAAAGGAAUUUUCUGGGAAUUCAGCAGAGUGUCCCGAGCGGGGAAUCUCCAGCAGUAAAGACCUAUCUCACUGUGCA